GCGUCCUCUUCAGCAUCGAGGUCACCUCCACCUUCUUCGCCGUCCGCAACUACUGGCGUGGCUUCUUCGCCGCCACCUUCAGUGCCUUCAUCUUCCGCGUCCUCGCUGUCUGGAACAAGGAUGAAGGUACCUCCGGCAGGGUGGGGGACACGGGGGUCCCCCUGAUCGCUAGCGGCUUCGGCGGCGCGCUCUUCGUCUACCUCAACCGCAAGAUCGUGCAGUUCAUGCGCCGCCAGAAGACCAUCAACCGCUUCCUCAUGAAGAAGCGCCUGCUCUUCCCUGCGCUGGUGACACUGCUCAUCUCCACGCUGACCUUCCCGCCUGGCUUCGGACAGUUCAUGGCCGGCCAGGACAUCCUGGUGACACUCUUCGACAACCAGACAUGGGCCAAGCAAGAGCUCAACGAUGAGUUUGAAUACUUGGGCAUUCUGGAGGCUUGGCAUCACCCUCGCUCCAACAUCUUCAUCACCCUUGUUGUCUUCAUCCUCAUGAAGUUCUGGAUGUCAGCCCUGGCCACCACCAUCCCGGUGCCCUGCGGUGCCUUCAUGCCCGUCUUCGUCAUCGGGGCAGCCUUCGGGCGACUGGUGGGGGAGAGCAUGGCAGCCUGGUUCCCCGAUGGCAUCCACGGCGACAGCAACACCUACCGCAUCCUGCCGGGGGGCUACGCCGUGGUGGGGGCGGCCGCGCUGUCGGGCGCUGUCACCCACACGGUGUCCACGGCCGUCAUCGUCUUUGAGCUGACGGGGCAGAUCUCGCACAUCCUGCCCGUCAUGAUCGCCGUCAUCCUGGCCAACGCCGUAGCACAGAGCCUCCAGCCCUCCCUCUACGACAGCAUCAUCCGCAUCAAGAAGCUGCCCUACCUCCCCGAGCUGGGCUGGGGCCACCAUGA